AUGACAGAGGGGGUGGAGUUGGAGGCCAGACAGAACCAGACCCACAGGACCCAGAGGACCAGACAAAACCAGACCCAGGGCGACACAGUCCUGCUGAGGAGGGGUAGUGGAGGAGAGGGCCCCCAGGGGCCUAAGGGACCCGAGGUUAGGGCAGAGGGGUCCAGGGGGUCUGAGGUUGGCGCAGAGGGGUCCAGGGGAUCAGAGAAUGUGGUAGAGACACAGACGUCUCAGGACUGGACCGGGGUGAACCACAGUACUGUGAGGAGGAGCACAGACAGUAACUCGGAGGAGCAGGAGGAAAAGGAGGAGGAGGAGGAGGAGGAGGAGGGUUCCCUCCAACACCACCACCUUACUGGGUUACCACCCCACAAUGGCCCAACUGGAGAACCAGGGGCUGGGCUGUCUGGGAACGGGUAUGCCCAACAGGUGGCCCCGGAUGGGGGCUGGGGCUGGGUAGUGCUGGUGGCUACUAUCCUGGUCCUGGCUCUAACGCUGGCCUUCCCUUCCUGUAUUGGUAUCUUUUACACAGAGCUACAGGCUGAGUUCAGCUCCAGCAACACAGAGACGUCCUGGGUGCCUGCUAUCAUGACUGCUGUGCUGCACGCUGGUGGUCCACUAUGCAGCGUGCUCGUGGAGCGCUUUGGUUGCCGGGUAACGGUGAUGGUGGGAGGGGUUCUGAGUGGACUAGGCAUGGUGGUCAGUGCCCUGGCCAGAACCAUCACAGAACUCUACAUCACCAGCAUCAUCGCAGGGUUGGGGUUCUGCCUGUCCUUCCAGCCUUCUGUGACCAUGAUGGGCCACUACUUUUUGAGGCGGCGGGCGUUUGCCAACGCCCUGUCGUCCACCGGCACGGCCCUGGGCCUCAGCACCUUACCCCUGCUGGCCAACUUCCUGCUGGGCCAGUUUGGCUGGAGAGGCAGCUUCCUGGUCCUGGGAGGACUGCUGUUGAACUGCUGUGUGUGUGGGGCUGUCAUGAGGCCCCUGGGGGCCAAACACAGUGGACAACCAAUCAAAGGUCCUCUCCAACAGGAAAAGGAGGGACUUAAGGCAAGACUUAGGACAGCGCUCAGUGACCUUGUCGUGUUCCUACGGAGACACAUGGCCUUUGACCUGUUGGUCAGUAACCCUCGUUACCGUGCCUACGCCCUGGGAGUGACGUGGAUGAUGUUGGGGUUUGUAGUUCCCCUGGUCUACCUGGUGCCCUAUGCUACAGCCAAUGGUAUGGAACAGGACCGAGCCGCGCUACUGAUGGCCAUACUGGGCCUGGUUAACAUUGCUGUGAGACCCGUGGCGGCUGUCUUCUUCGGCCUGCCGCGCUUCAGUGGCUGUUUUGUGUAUGUGUUUGCGGUAGCCCUCCUGGUCAACGGGCUGAGUAACAGUAUCUGUGGUGCGGCCGCCACCUUCCCCGUGCUCCUGGUCUACGUGGUCAUCUUUGGUCUGUCCAUGUCUGUGAUUGGCUCUCUGCUGUUCACGGUCCUGAUGGAGACGGUGGAGAUGAGCCGGUUCCCCUCUGCCCUGGGUCUCAUCAGUAUGUUAGAGAGUGGAACACUGCUGAUUGGACCGCCGCUCGCAGGCAUGUUGGUGGACAGUACAGGACACUACUCUUAUGUGUUCUAUGCCUGCAGUGUGACUGUCUCCUCCUCUGGCCUCUUCCUGAUCGGAGCGUUCUACUAUCUGGACAGACAGAAGAAGAGGGAAGAGAAGAAGAGAGCAGGUCCUCCUGCUGCAUACCAACAGAAGCCUGCUAUCAUCCUAGUCCCUGACUGCCAGUACAGCCAUGUUCCUUCUACACAGGGAGGGAGAGCAGCGGACACUGUACGUGUCACCAACGUGUGACGUACUAAUAUGCACGUGUGUAACCCAGUAAGACAAACUGUCUAGCUGCCUGCCAUAGAAUUACAUUUAGAAUCAGAAUGAAGUAAGGAGGUAGCCUUCCACGAGCCUUGGCUUGUAGGAGCUGCAGCAUAUCACAGGAACUGCUCACUGUGUAACGCCCCCACUAUGAUGAACCAAUGAAGGAUAGGAUCUCUGUGGUGCCUGCUGUCUGCUGCCUUCAGAGGGAAGAACUGGGAGGUGA